CGCUUUUGUUCUGGAUGCACCUCCCUCAAAGCAGCACACGAUAAAUACCUCCAUUGUAUGGACCCUGUCCGCCCUAGAGGCGGCGUGUGGCAGCACUUAUCUCUCACCAGACCAGCUUCUCACAGUCUCAGGACCGAGUGGGAGCUAAGCUCAUGGCUUUUAUUCACAUUUGAAUGCAGUCAUUCAGAAUAACGGAUUUCUUCAGCAGCAGCAGAGCCGCAGUCUCUCACUGUGGUCUCACUGCGCUGUUUACCUACUGUUUAUGACAAAUUGUACUCAGGAACGAAAGAAAAUGGAGAAGCAAGUGGUGGAUGUUGCCAGAGGAGCCUUCAACUCGGGGCGGUCGAGACCCCUGCAGUACAGAAAACAGCAGCUCAGAGCCUUACUCAGACUCAUCACAGAGCGCCAGGCAGACAUAGCAGCAGCUCUCAAACAGGACCUCAACAGGAGCGAGUUUGAUACGCCACUUUUAGAGCUGAUUGGACUUGAGAAAGAUAUCAAGCUGGCUGAAAGUAAACUCUCUGACUGGACGAGUCCUCAGCCUGUUGAGAAGAACCUGCUCACCAUAAGCGAUGAUGUUUUUAUUCAAGCUGAACCUCUGGGUGUUGUGCUGAUCAUUGGAGCCUGGAACUAUCCCUGGGCUCUUACAUUACAGCCCCUUGUUGGAGCCAUUGCAGCAGGUAACGCAGCUGUGGUGAAGCCCUCAGAGCUGAGCAAGAAUUCGGCCAGUCUACUAAAAGAACUGCUACCUCAAUAUUUGGAUAAGGAGAUGUACCCUGUGGUGACUGGAGGUGUUCCAGAGACCCAGGAGCUGCUGAGGCAGCGUUUUGAUCACAUCUUCUACACGGGAAGCAGCACAGUGGGCAAACUGGUUAUGGAAGCAGCUGCACGCUACCUCACGCCAGUGACUCUGGAACUGGGAGGAAAAAGUCCCUGUUACAUCGAUAAGGACUGUGACAUUUCAGUUGCUUGUCGGCGAAUCACAUGGGGGAAGUUUACUAAUUGUGGUCAGACAUGCAUCGCGCCAGACUACAUCCUCUGUCAUCCUAGCAUUCAGAACAGAGUCAUUGAAGAGAUUCGUCUGACGUUACUGGAGUUCUAUGGUGAGGACCCUAAAACCUCUCCAGAUUAUAGUCGCAUCAUCAACCAGCAUCACUUUGAGCGUGUUCUGGCCCUAAUGGAGGGAUGCACAGUGGCUGUUGGGGGAGAAAGUGAUAAAACACAGUGUUAUAUUGCCCCUACUAUUGUGAAGGAUGUUUUGCCUCAUGCCAGGAUAAUGCAGGAGGAGAUCUUUGGACCUGUGCUACCGAUAAUAACAGUCAGUGAUGUCAGUGAGGUCAUUCGCUUCAUCAAUGAGAGAGAGAAACCUUUGGCCCUUUAUGUUUUCUCUUCUGAUAAGAGGGUGAUCAAGCGAAUGCUGAGUGAGACAACCAGUGGAGGAGUGGUGGUUAAUGAUGUCAUAAUGCACUACACAGUCAACUCCUUACCCUUCGGGGGUGUGGGAAACAGUGGGAUGGGGAAAUACCAUGGGAAGCACACCUUUGACCAGUUAAGCCACCACCGUGCUUGCCUCAUUAAGUCUUUAGCGAUGGAGAGUCUGAACAAAGCCCGCUACCCUCCCCUAACGCCGUCCCGCCUGCACAGGGCCAGGUGCUUCAUGCUGAGCCGCUUGUGCAGCUGUGCCCAGGCCAUCUGCGCCUGGGCCAUCAUUGCUACCAUUCUGGCUCUGGGUUUGCUGAUCGCCUUACUGGUAGUCCUACUUAAGGAUCCUGUGGCAUGAAGAUCCUACCAGAAAAUAUACACAUUGAAGUGCUAGGCAUUGUACUUAUGAUUUGUGGUGUAAGAAAAAAUUGCUAUUGUUAAAGAUGUGCCAAAAGCUAUUUUCUUAUAAUAUGUAAUGUACUGUAUUUUAAUGUAUCGCCUACUGUAUGUGUUCCAUUUAAAUACCUAAUUUUUGAUAUGCAUUUAUGUUGCUGUAAGGUGUAUUCUGCUGUGGACAUCCCACUUGCACAGGCGCUGAUACAAAAUCCAUUUCUGUGGGCACUGUAGCAGUAGCAUACAUACUGCAUACUGGAUUGUCAGCAUUAUCCUUGUUUUCUAUGCAUAGCGCAGAGUUCUUUGUGCUGCCGCUUUUUCAGAUAAGCUGGUUUUACUGUUCACUGAAGUAAGUGACAAAGGGCUUGUUGCUGUGCUGUAUAGUUUUGUGUGCCAGCUGGACCAGACAUUUUCCAGAAGCAGACUUUGGUAUUAUUAAAUAAUAACAAAAAUAA